AUGGAUAGCACUGACACCAUCAUUGUCGGGAACGGCCCGUCAGCCAUGAUCCUGUCCUACAUCUUCCAUGGUCAUAUUCCCUACUAUCAAGCCGAUCCGCCGCACCCGGAUCCCCUGCUGCAUGCCAAGCUGCUGCAGAACCCGGCUCUGCUUCAGGCCGACGUGAGCACGCUGACUGAGCAUUUUGCCGCCUCGCGCUUGUCCUACUCGACCCAGGCCCUGCCGGUCAACGUGCUCCUCGACACCCUGGUGCGACCCAGUCUGGACGUCGAGGAGCUGGAGUGCGUCACCAACGUCGAAUGGCGGUACGAGCCUGAAAAGGCCGUGCCCCAUUUGGUGUUUGGCGACGCCGCGUGCGCUGGCGGUCAAUGGACCGAGAAUCCCAUGCCUGCGAGCUGGGACAUCCAGACCCUGAGCUAUGCAUCGAUGUUGUCGCUGCCGGGGUAUUCGUUCGCCGACCACCACCGUGCAGUGACCGGGAAGGAUCUGCCGGCAUUUACGCGGCCCAGCCGGCAGGAGACGGCGGAUUACUUCCGUCGGUAUCCCGGGGCCGUGCACAUCGGCGAUGUCUUCCGCUUCAACGAAACCCUGUCGGGGAUCUCGCGCACGGACCAGGGCUUCUAUAUCCGCUCCCACAAUCUCCAUUGUAAACACCUGGUCCUGGCCACGGGGAUCUUCACCGAGGUGCUGCAGCCGAGUCCACUGCUGCAGCCCUUGCGGUCCCUUGAACCGGUCCCCUCCAUCCCGUUGCUGGUGAUCGGCUCGGGAUUCUCUGCGGCCGAUGUCAUCAUCUCCGCCCCUAAGGAUCAAAAGAUCCUGCAUGCCUUCAGGUGGGAUCCAGAAGGCCGGCCGUCUCCUCUACGGGGGUGCCAUCACCAGGCUUACCCGGAAUAUGCCGGAGUGUACCGUUUGAUGAAACGGGCGGCAUUGGCGGCGGCCCCAGCACCGCCCAAACGGGGCAAGAUGCGACGGACGACGUCAACGCCGUUCCUGGAAUCGCGGAAAUGGGACGAGGUCUACGAGGGUCUUCCCAAUCUGGAGAUUGUCAACGUCGAGAUGGAGGCCGACCAGGCGCUCGUCACGUUCCGUCAGCCCGACGGGCAAACCCUCGUCCGUGCUGUUCGUGGGCUGGUCUAUGCCACGGGCCGUCGCGGUACACUGAAGUAUCUCGAUCCUUCUCUGCUCGCGGAAGUCUUGGGUCGCACAGACGCGGACUCGAUUGUAACCAACCAGACUCUACGUGACAAAGCACUCAACGACAUGGAGGUGGCGCCGGAUGUCUUCGUCAUUGGGAGUUUGACCGGAGACUCUCUGAUCCGGUUCUCCUACGGGAGCUGCGUCCAGGCGGCAGGCAAGGUCAUCGGAGCGUCAAUGGGACCAGACUGGAUGUGGAACAGCUCGGCUCAAACGUCGCGUCCAUCAUCGUCCUCCGUGGGGGUUCUGCGGGGGAUUGACGGACAUGACGUCUAUCCGGCCGGGGCAACUUGGUCCCAGGGCGACGAGGAUCGAUCGGUGUUAUAUACGAUCCCGGAGCGGAUCUUGCCCGGCGGACUAUGGAAAUGGCUCCGAAAAUGGUGGAAUGUGAAUUGA